AUGAACCAUGAACAAUAUCACCAACGUAUCGACUUUAUCAAGUCGCUUCUCCAAUUGAAUGCUCUAGAGGCAAAGAGUAUCGAUCCCAUUGAAUAUGAGAUGGAUUGUCCAUUUCCGUACAAUAAUUUCAUAUAUCAUGUCACUCUCGAAUCGCCCAUCACCAGACCAAUGAACAUCAAAUCCUUUCAGUCUGAUAAAGUCCAGCCGGGAACCGUUCCAUUUCCAGCACAAUCUACCUCUAUCCUUGUUCGACUACCAAAUUCUGAUCCAAGAACUGGGCUGAAUAACAACAAUCGCGUUGAAAAUGAAGUCGCCUUCAUGGCGCUAGUCCGACAGGCACUUGCGAACACAAAAUAUAGUCACAUUAUUCCAGAUGUAUAUUCUUGGGCUGGUACAAACAGUGGUCAAGCUUUCACUAUGCAGCAAUUCAUGCCUGGAACCAUACCCGCAAAAGUUUUUGAGACGUUAUCUCUGGAAGAUAAAUCCAUUGUGCUCGGGCAAAUGGCCGAUAUUCUGGCCUUGCUCCAGCAAUUUGAGAUCUCGAAAACAGUCAAAAUGUUUGGAGGUCUGAAGUUUGAUAAGCAUGGAAUGGUGACUAGUGGCCAAAUGUCUCUAUUUAAAGGAGAGCCUUCUGCAACCUACAAGGAUUUUAUUCGUUCUAUCUUUAAGGUCAAGCUUCAAGAGGCCGAUGAAAACCCAGUCAUAGUGGGCUGGGAAGAAAACGGAUUAAGAGCAAAACUUGACAAAUUUAUAGGUCAACAACUCGACGAAGCUUUGAAGGACUAUGAUCAAGUUCGUAGAGUGCUUAUUCACGGAGACUUUACAACGAAUAACAUCCUGUUUGAUGCAAACACUCUUCAGGUGACUGCAUUGUUGGAUUUUGACUUUUCCUACGUUGCGACAGCCGCAGAAGAAUUCCUCGGGUUUUCUUUUGGUAAUAUAUCAGGUGGAAAACUUCCAGGGCCGUUUGAAACCGGAGCCGAUCUCAGCCUUCGCAAAGCGAUGCUCUCUGGCUUCACAACGCCUUUUCUGAAUGCAGACGCUUCAGAAGUCCAGUGGGACGUGGCAGCGGCUUGGGAUAAAGAGCUUAUGCGAGCUGGUGCUGCAAAGCCUGCCACUAUACCUCAUUUUGAAGAUAUCGCAGAUAUUUACUGGCUCCAGGAUAAAAUAAGUCCAUUUGAACUAGAUAGCCCCGUUAUGAGGAGACGAAAAACCGCAGAACAGCUAAGAAGUAUCCGAAGCCAGACGGAGGAAAUGAUUGUCAAGUUUUUGGACCGCUUCAAUACUUCUUCGGGUGGCGCUUUUAGUAAUUAG